AUGGCGUCUGUGGCAUCCGAGGGUUCCUCAGGCGCCAUGGAGGGCGCAGAUCAGGAGGGCGAGGACAUCAUCGACGUCGACGAGGAGGCCAGCGAGGGCGGCGAGGGCGGCGCCGUCGACGCCGACGCCGAGUCGAAAGCUGGCGAGGAUGAGGAGGCCGUCAAGAACAUCUCCUUGAAGUGCUUGGGGUGCAAGCUGACGUGCGAGAGCCCCUGCCCCAUCGGCGCGAAGCUGGGGGCAAAGCGCCUCGUGCACUGGGGCAAGUGCGGGAAGAAGAAGCUCAGGAUGGAGGGCCAAAACGUGAAGGUCAGGCUGCCGUCAGGCAGCUGGUGCAGCAUCUGCGCGAGCGUGCACAGGUCCAGCUUCAAGAAGAGUUGGGGCAAAAUCCAGAACGUGCCUGACAAGAUAAAGGACCCGAAUCAUAAGACGUCUUGGAAGAAGAACAGGGGCGAGUUCGUUCACCGCAAGGGCGGGGGCUCGAUCAGAGUCCGGCCGCUCAGGCCGCAGGCCCACUACGACGAGGAGGUGUGCAACGACCUGGAGGGCCCAGAGAAGGAGUUGUGGGAGCUGCCAGCCUACGAGAAGGAGUUCGGCACAGGAAAGCAAACGGGUGCCAUGGUCGAGACUGCGAAGAAUUGCAAGGGGAAGCUCGUGAAGGGGGUCUUCAUCUUGACGGGCAAGCAGGGCGUCUACAAGGUGGAGAGCGGGCGGAGGCAGGCGGCCGUUUCGCGGACCGUGCACGAGGACGGGAGCAUGGUUCUGAACGAAGAGCAGGUGGAGGAGGCCGUUGCGGCGGCCCACGCAGCCCCGCCCGCCUCCAGCAGCGCCAUGAACAUAGAGCAGACCCGUGCAAAGGCCGAGGCGGCGAAGGCGGCGGCCGCGCUGGUCGCGCCACCGGCUGAGCCUGGCGACGACGAGGGCGACAGCGACGCAGAGGAGAGCGGCUCGGGCAGCAGCAACGCCACCGAGGACUCCGAGGCCCCCGAGGGCGACGACGACAGCGACGACGAGCCGGUGCUGCCUCCCAAGAAGGUCGCCAGGGCGGCGCCGUCGUCGGCGGGGGUGACGCCGAUCAAGGGGAACUCGAGCUCCUGCGGUGGCGCCACCCCUUCGGUGAAGAGCGCCCCCAAGAGCAAGGCGCCGACGGCCCCGCAAGGUGGCGGCGGGCCCGCGAUAGCGCCCAAGGCCGCGAAGCGGGCGGCGGCCGCGCCGUCGACGACCCACGACAAGGCGUCGGCAGUUGCGAAGGAGUUCGAGGAGAUCGGCGCUCAGUUCACCAUCGGGAACUUUGACGGCGCGUCUGGGAGGGCCAUCGAGAAGCUGCGCCACCUGGGCCAAGGCCCCGUGCUGUCCGGGCUCAAGCUGGCCCGCGGGUUCGUUGAGCCCGCCGUCGCCUUCCUGAAGAUCACUGCGCCGUCCAUUCCUAAGGCCACCGCCAGUGCGAGUGCCAUGUGGGCGGCGUGGAAAGAGGUGGAGAUCAACGGAGUCAGGCCCUCCACUGCCAGCGCUGCCGCCAUCGCCCUGAAGCGCGUCCAUGAGGUCUUGGUGCGCAAGAAGGACGUGGGGGCCGUCGUGAGCGAGGCCCUGGCAAUCCUCGACACCGAAGCCGGACUGGGCGAUGCCGUCAUCAACGUCGCCGUGGUCAAGCACGACGCGACUCUCGUGAAGAAAGUGCAGUGCAAGGGAGUGGGUGCGAUUUGCUCCAAGAUCGUCCGGGCCGCCGUCUUUGACAAGAAGGAUGAUGACAGCAUCUACGAGGCAGAGGACCUCAAGGACGCCGUCGCCACCGUGACGGACCUGCUGGACUACCGCGACUGUGACCCGCAGUACCUGGAGGAGAAGAUCAAGAUGUGGAAUGCGUCGGAGCACCGCCUGAUCUCUGAUGUCAAGAUCACCAGCCUGGGCAGGAUCAUGGGAAGCGCGCUGGCGGCCAUCUCGAAGGCGGGGCGCGCUCGGCGGUUUGCGAAGCCCUUCCAGCAGGCGCGCUGGCCAACUCCAAGAUCCUUCGGGCUGUCAAGGGGCUGGCUGCUCGUGCGAAUUCGACCUCCCCGAAGCUGGCGUCCAUGGUGCAGCCCAAAGAAGACCCCCCCGAUCGAUCCGGACUUCGGCUUCGAGAUCCAAGCAAAAGCGAUAAAAGAGAUCGUGUCCGAGCUGGGCGAGGCCUGCCGCUCUGCGAACGAGACCUCGCGCAUGAACCUGGAGAUGCAGAAGUACCUGAAGGGCGUGGUCAGCGGGCUGACGGCGUGGUUGGAAUCCGCGGCCGCGUACCUCAUCUACCGCUCGGGAGUGCUGAUCGAGGGCGAGAGCGAGCUCAAGAGCGUCGUUGACCAGAUCGGAGAGUACAGAGCCCUGCAUCAGACAUUCCGCCUGGCGCUGAUCACUCACAAGAUCCCCUUUGAGCCUGACCCCACGAUUGACCUCGAGAGUCUUGCAGAGAUCGUCGACACCAUGGUGAAGGCGAAAGUGGCCGACUCCCAGCAGGCGCAGCAGGCGCGCAUCGCUCUCUGCAGAAAUCUCGGCGAAACGUUUGGAGAGGAAGGCGUGACCAUUCUCAAGGACAUGUUCAACAAAGCUGGGGUGAUCUUCAACAGCGCGGAGUUGAGCGUCGUGGAGUCCACGAGCAAGGCUGAGGAGGGGAAGAGCAAUGGGGAAGGUGCCCUUCGGCGCGUUGAGUCUCUCGCCGACGCCAUCGUGGAGGCGGCCGCUCCAGUGGUGGACGAUGCCAAGAGUUACCUCGAUGACCUGGCGCAGCGAAUGUCGACCGACGCCCUGCCGAUCUCACAUAUGGACGUCGCCAAGUUCCUGGGCGAUGGUGACGAGCUCGUCGCGAAGAAGCUGGGGAGUUUCAAUCUGGCCAGCGGCAUGACCGAGUACGACAACGUCUUGGGGGCGCUGCAGGCGCUCAACUCCCUCGGAGAGGAGUCGCAGGAGAGGCGGACCAUGCGCCUGAAGGUGAUGGCGUGCGUCAAGAUCCUCCCCGCCAUGGUCAGCGCCUGUGCUUUCGAGACCAGUGCCGCCGAGCUCAAGGCGCAGCCGGGCGUCGAGGAGAAGGGGAAUAUCUUCCUGAAGACGGCCAGCGCGGCGUUGAAGGACAUGGAGGCUGGCGUGCAGGCUCUUGGCGCCAAGCCCGACGGCGGCGACGUCACGGCGGAGUUUGAGCAGAUAACCCGGGGCGCAGCAGUCUACAAGGCGAAGAUGGUGCAGGAGUCCACCGGCAAGCUGGGGGAGCUCGCGACAAAGCUCGGUAGCGUGGGGGGCGAGAUGUGCAGCAAGCUCGUCGACCUGAAGGACGUGAAAAAGCAGCUCGCAGAGGAGAGCAUGAGGAGCGUCCUCGACUUUGAGGGCCGGGCCGAACUCAAGGAUAACAUCAAGCUGCUCAACUCGCCGGACGGGGUGCAGCGCCUGCAGAGCUGGACGACGACCCUCAAGGGGGCGCCCGUGGUCACGGGCGAGGCGGAGAAGCGGAGCGCGCGCUUGGUCGAGGUUCGGUCGAAGGCGAGGCUCCUCAUCGCCCUCGGGGGCGCCCUCGUCGUCAUCGCCGAGAAGGCGGAGGUGAAGGCGCCCGCCUACAUCCAGGACCUCAAGGUCAAGCUGAAGCUGUGGUCGCAGGUGCCGAAGACGGCGCAGAGCAAGUUGGAGCAGCUUGUGAAGGCCGACGUGGCCGAGUAG